CCCAGACCCUCUCGUCCGCUUGAUCUGCCACCAUGUCCAGCCUAGACGCCAUCUUGAGCGACCCCGCCUACCACGACUACCUCGCCAUCCUCAAGGGUGCGCGGAACGGCCUCGUAUACGGCGUGAAAGUGCGGUUCCCCCAUGCGCUAAUUAUGGCUAUCCUCUUCGGCCGCGGCGACUGGCAGACGCGGCUGCGCGCGAUCUACCGCGCGACGAAGCAGCACGCGCUGAACCUCGCGAAGUUCGUGUCGCUGUACAAGACGCUGCUGCUCGUGCAGAAGAAGAUGAACGGGGGCAAGGAGCGCGGUUUCGACACGUUCAUUGCCGGCCUCAUCGGCGGGUACGUCGUCUUCGGCGAGCGCAGCGCGGUGAACGAGCAGAUUGUUCUGUACGUCUGCUCCCGCGUCGUCGCAGCCUUCCUCUCGCGCGCGAAGACGCCGUACUCCUCUUCCGCGCCGCCCGCGGCCGGCACGCGUCCGCUGCCCCCAGACGCGACGCAGUUCUCGAUCUUCGCCGCCGUGUGCUGGGGCGCGGUCAUGUGGCUCUUCAACGAGCGCGGGGAGACCGUGCAGCCCGGGAUGUUCAACUCCAUGACGUACCUCUACCGCGACUCGGAGCACUGGAAUAGCCUGCGGACGCUGCUGUGGCACAACAAGUGAGCCGGGCCUCCUCCUGCCGGCUGGACGGACGGACGGAUGCUUGGACGCUGGACGGGUGCGUUCGCCACUGUGAUAGAGUGUACGUCGACCCGUGUGUAGAUAUACCUGGAUGCGUCUGCUGCCUGCGGGCGCGUCGCUAAUAUACGCCUCUAAACCAC